ACGGUCCAACACACUGACAAAUAGGAAGUGUACAUGGCGGAGGUGUGUCAUGUUGGAUCGUUCCUAGAGGUUUCGUUCUUGCCAGGCUAUUAAUUUCCACUGAGUACUGUUGCAAAGUUGUUUGUAUACGUUGUUAUUAAUAUCAAGUUUUUGAAAGUUAAGACUGUUGCUAUAUAUUAACAGCCAUGAUGUCAGAGGUCAAAGAUGUAACAGAAAGUCCUUUCAGAAAUUGGAGGAGACCUGACUUAACUAGCAAAUGUACUUACAGUCUAGGGGUCUCUAUUGAGAAUUCACCCCAUCGGCAUGUACCCCUGAAAGGGAAAGAAAAGCUAAAAAUCAUGCCUAAUAUUUUGUACAAUAUUGGCAAUACCCCUCUUGUUCGUAUCAACCGAAUAGCACAGAAGGAAGGCAUUGAAUGUGAAGUGUUGGUCAAGUGUGAGUUUUUCAACGCUGGAGGAAGUGUGAAAGAUCGAAUCGGUUGGAGGAUGGUCGAAGAUGCGGAGGCAAAUAAUAUUAUUAAGCCUGGAGAUGUCCUGAUUGAACCUACCUCAGGGAACACAGGCAUAGGACUGGCCUUGACAGCAGCAGUCAAGGGUUACCGCUGCAUUAUUGUCAUGCCUGAAAAGAUGAGCAUGGAAAAGGUGGACGUGCUAAGAGCUUUGGGAGCAGAGAUAGUUCGAACUCCAACAUCCGCUGCAUUUGAUUCUCCUGAGUCACACAUUGGUGUUGCUCGCCGUCUGAUGGAAGAAAUACCCAACUCUCACAUCCUUGAUCAAUACCGCAAUCCUAGCAAUCCUCUGGCUCACUAUGAUGGUACAGCUGAAGAAAUUCUCGAAGCCUGUGAAAAUAAAGUUGACAUGAUUGUGCUGGGAGCUGGGACUGGUGGGACUCUGACUGGUGUUGCUCGUAAAAUCAAGGAGCGAUGUCCAGACUGCAAGAUUAUUGGUGUAGAUCCUGCUGGCUCUAUCAUUGCUGAGCCUGAAGCGUUAAAUAAGUCUGACUCAUCUUUUUAUGAGGUGGAAGGUAUUGGAUAUGACUUCAUCCCCACUGUAUGUGAAAGAAAGUAUGUAACAAAAUGGUACAAGUCGCACGACAAAGAAUCAUUUGUUAUGGCCCGAAGGCUGAUCAGAGAGGAGGGGCUUCUCUGUGGUGGCAGCAGUGGUUCAGCUAUGUACUGUGCCCUGAAAGCUGUGAAAGACUUUGGCCUCAAGUCUGGUCAGCGCUGUGUAGUGAUUCUGCCUGACUCAGUCAGAAAUUACAUGACUAAGUACUUGAGUGAUGACUGGAUGAUUCAGAGAGAAUUUCUAGAAGCUGACCAGACAGUGGAAACAAAGCCCAGGUGGUGGAACCUGAAAGUGAGUUCACUAGCUCUGCAUGUUCCACUGACUGUGACCCCAACAGUGACCUUACAGGAGACCCUUGACCUGCUUAACAAAGAGGGUUUUGAUCAAGUCCCAGUAGUGGAUGAAGCAGGGUCCAUUCUGGGAAUGGUUACUGUGGGCAACAUCCUUGCCCAGAUGGUAAAAAACAAGGUCAGACCUAGUGACCCAGUCUCCAAAAUUAUGUACAAGCAGUUUAAAAAGGUUCGUAUGGAUACUGCCCUUGGUCAGCUGUCACGAAUGCUUGACACUGACCACUUUGUCCUGGUGGUACAUGAUCAACGACAAUAUUGUGGAGGAAAAGGUUCCAUGGAGAAAAAGCAGAUGAUAUUUGGUAUUGCCACCCGCAUCGAUCUGCUUAACUUCAUUGCCUCCCAGGAGACUACUCAGUAAAGAAAAAGUCGCCAGCAGAUGUGGCAUUAACACAUAAAGCACAUCUCACAUAGGAACUGAAAAAGUAUAUUUAGUGAUAGACCUAACAAGAAUGAGAAAAUAUCUUUUGAUAUAGCAGGAAUGGGGCUUCCAUGGUUGAUUUUGUAAUAUAUAUUGUAAUAUAUUCCUCUAAUAUUGACUUAUCUUGAGAUAAAUUGUACUUAUUAUCAUGCCUCACCUCAAAUUAAUUUUGAUAUGUCAGUGGAUGCCUUUAUAGCCUUGCCUAGCAGACUUGAAAUUUGAAGUUUACUGGUGUUGGUUGGUGUGGUGUGGUGUAGUGUGGUGUGGGUGUCACUGUUCUUUUUCAGGGCAAAGAUUUGUUUUUUGCCACACCACAUUUUGAUGAAUUUUUAAGCAUUGGGAAGGAGGUAUAUUCAGAAUAUUUUUCUCUUUGUAAUCAUUAACCCAUCUUGGAUGUGGUGUAACUUUGCAGUCAUCUUAUACAACUAGAUGAAUUGUCAUCCAUUGAGUUCAGCCUAAAAGCCUCACUUUUCUCCAGGGUAAUCAUUCUCCAGAAAAGUUGUACCCUAGUGAUAAGCCAAAUGGCAUCCUCAGAAACUGAUGAAGUUGUUGCAGAUUAAUUAAGCAAAAUAUAUGGUUGAUGAUUGUCAGGACUAAACAUGUCUAGCAGGGUGUAAAAUAUUGUGUGUCUUUCUUAUUUUGUUACAUUAGUUUGAAAUAAGCCAUGGAUAUAUGUUGAGAACUUCAGAAAACCCUGUAAACAUUCUGUUUUGCUGAAAUGUUCAGGUCAACUUCUGUGAGUGAUUGUAGUCUUUUACAGUAGCAAGCUCAGUACAGUGAUUCCAGGCUUUCUUGCUACAAACAUGUUGUAAAGCACAAUACAAGAAACAUGACUUUCUGUGCAAUGUGUAUUUUUUUUAAAAUACCAGGUGAGCUGGUUAUAUGCUAAAAGAUGCAUUUAUUUUUUGACAUUACAAAAAAAGAGCACAAUCAUUUACCUUUUUGUUACCAUUUUUUUAUCCCGGUUACUUACAUCUUCUACUAACAUCUUUUGAUUGAUGGUGUUAAACUAAAUGAGAUUGUUACUGUCUAAUUUCAACUACACUUAAUCUAGAGCAAAGAGAAAGGUCUGCUAAAGUUUUGUAAAGAAUGGAAUCAUAUCUGACAAAUUGUGAAAUAUACUGUUGUGCACAUUGGUGGUUUGAAAUUAAAAUUUUUUGUUGACAGAAAUUAA